CGAGAAUCCCUUCAGUCUGUGAGUGUCAGACAUACAGCAGUGUGUGUGUGUGUGUGUGUGUGUGAAGAGCAGAGAUAAACAGAGACGAGACGAGGACAGGACAGCGAACUACCGCCGACACUGAUAUUCUUGUGGACAUGGAUCACAGAGCCAUGAAGAAGGUCAGCUCCAUGUUCUCGUCUCUUCAGGAGAAACUGCACCGAGCCAAGCGCAGCUCCUCUGAUCCCGGUGUGUCUCCUGUUCCGGGUGCGGUGCCUCCUGCAGGACGCAGACACACUGGUCAGCUCUUCUUCGAGUAUCUGCUGGUGGUCAGUCUGAGGAAGAGGAGGAACGAGGAAGGGUACGAGCCCCACAUCACCUACCAGUUCCCCAAGCGUGAGGUGAUGGGCCGUCUGCAGCGAGAGGAAGAGGAGAAGUGCAUGAAGGCCGCUCAUCUCUUCUGCUUCCCAGAGGGAAUCAACUGGGCUCCUCUGACCGAAUACAGGAGUGAGACGUUCUCGUUCGUUCUGACUGAAGUUGAUGGCAGCCGGAGGAACGGAUACUGCAGGAGACUGCUGCCGGAAGGCCGCGGCGCUCGUGUUCCAGAGGCGUACUGCAUCAUCAGCCAUGUGGCGUGUUUCGGACUCUUCUCAAAGAUCUUUGACGAGGUGGAGAAGCGCAGGCAGAUCUCCAAAGCCAUGAUCUAUCCGUUCAUGCAGAGCCUGCGGGAGGCACCGCUGCCCUCGCCCGGAAACACCGUCACCAUCCGAAGCUUCAUCCCGGACGCCGGAACCGAGACCAUCAGUCUGACGCGGCCCGCAGAGUCCUGGCUCGAACACGUGGACUUUAACACGCUCUUCAGCUGCCUGAGCGACGAGGAGGUGCUGAUGGUGUUCGCCGCCACCGUCAUGGAGCGACGGAUCGUUUUCAUCUCGGAGGAGCUCAGCACUCUGUCGCAGGUUCUUCACGCUGUAGCUGCUCUCCUGAAUCCAUUUGUGUGGCAGCAUACGUUCAUUUCAAUCGUUCCUACAGUUCUGAUUGAUGUUUGUGCAGCACCAACGCCAUACCUGCUGGGAGUCCAGAAGAACCUGCUGGACCUGCUGACGGACCACAGCGACCUGAUGAUUGUCGAUCUGUCGCCCGGAGCAGAAACUAAAUUCAUCACGAGAAUUGGAGACGAGGAUGUUCUCCUUCCUGCUAAACUGAAGGAGGAGCUGCUGUCCCGUCUGUCUGCGCGCACACACCACGCCUCGACGGAGGAGCUCAACCGGCUGGUGUCAGAGGCCUUCCUGUUCCUCUUCAUCAGGAGCAUGGGUCACUUCUCACAGCACUUCAAGAGGAGCGGGAACUCACGCCAGUUCCAGAAGAAGAGCUUCCUGAAGGCCGUGGAACACAAGUCACACCUGAGCUUCGUCAAGCUCUUCAUCCAGACGCAGAUGUUCGAUCUGUUCAUUCAGGAAGAGGAAACACAAGCCCACCCUAACGCGUUCUUCCACAGGAAGGUGUCCGAGUAUCAUGAGAGGAAGAAGAGCGAGAAGAUGAAGGCCGGCUGGGUGCGAGGAGUCGUGGUGUAAGAGCGAGUGCCUUCAGUGUUACGUCCUCUCAAACUUUCCAAGAGACACUUCAGACCUGCGGUCAAUAUUUAAUGCUGUUUAUUUCUAUUUUAACAUAAUAAGCAAAUUGAGCCAAUAAACUUAUGUUUUACUGUUGU